AUCGUUGCGCCUGGAGCCAAAAGCUCAGCUGAAUGACAGCUGAGAGCUCUCCGGGAGAUGUAGUCCCUGGUGCGGUCACACUGGCUGAGCAGAUGGAGAGUUGAACUACAGCUCCCAUAGAGCAGCGCGGCGGCUGCCGGCAAGCAGAGGAUCUAACGGAGUGGAUCCCCGGUGAGUGGGUGCUGACACUCCGCCCAAUUUCAACCUGCAGUCAUUUCUGACAGUUCGCCCAACUCCGGCUGUCUGACUGGCGAACGUCAGCCCGGCAUCCUCCCUCGUCGCCAACUGCAGGCCGGUAUCAGCGCUGACAAUUCGCCCAAAAUUCAGCCUGGUCACAUCCCUCCGAGUCUGAGCUCGCAUUCGACGUAGUUGAAUCGCCCGAGCCGAGCCCGGAGAGAACCCCUACCUCCCCCUUCAGCCCAGAGUCUACAUCGGUCAAAAAUGGUGCUCCGAGGUGGGACGAAGUCCAUCUCGGGCCAGAGCGUUGCAGAAAGUCACCGCCAGGAUACGGUGCAGCUGCUGAUAUUCAACUUUUUGCUGAUUCUCACCAUCUUAACUAUUUUUCUAUUCAAACAUCGGAGAGUUCGCUUUCUGCACGAGACUGGAGGAUCAAUGUUUUAUGGCCUGAUAAUGGGACUAAUCCUCCGCUAUACCACAUCAUCCUCUGACCCUGCAAACAGCAUUGUGUAUAACUGUGCAGAUGUGACCAACAGUCCUGGCACUUUGCUACUCAACAUUACAGACCAAGUGUAUGAAUAUACAUACAAGCGGGAGAUUGCCAAGCACAAUAUGAACAGCCAGCAAGGAAGUGAGAUUCUUCAAAAGGUGACGUUUGAUUCAGAAAUUUUCUUCAAUGUCCUCUUGCCUCCAAUAAUAUUUUACGCUGGAUAUAGUCUGAAGAAGAGACAAUUCUUUCGCAAUUUGGGCACAAUUCUCACCUAUGCUUUUAUCGGCACUGCAAUCUCCUGUAUUGUGAUUGGGGGCAUUAUGUAUGGCUUUGUCCUGGGGAUGGUACAGCUGGGACACCUGGGCAAGCUGGACUUCUUCUUCACCGACUGCCUAUUCUUCGGAGCUCUGAUUUCAGCCACUGACCCAGUGACUGUUCUGGCCAUUUUCCACGAGCUCGAUGUGGAUCCACAGCUCUAUACGCUGCUCUUCGGGGAGAGUGUCCUGAAUGAUGCUGUCGCCAUAGUCCUGACUUACUCCAUAUCCAUCUACAGCCCAAAGGAUAAAUCCCACAUGUUUGACACCGCUGCCUUUUUUACAUCGGUUGGGAACUUUGCCUGGAUCUUUGCUGGCUCGUUUGCCAUGGGCUCAACAUUUGGUGUUGUCACGGCUUUGUUAACCAAAUUUACCAAACUCUGCGAGUUUCCCAUGCUGGAGACUGGGAUUUUCUUCUUGCUAUCCUGGAGUGCGUUUCUCUCAGCUGAGGCAUGUGGACUGACGGGAAUUGUUGCCGUUCUCUUCUGUGGAAUCACACAGGCUCAUUACACCUACAAUAAUCUUUCUGAUGAAGCAAAGAUGAGGACAAAGCAGCUUUUUGAAUUCAUGAAUUUUAUGGCUGAGAACUUCAUCUUCUGUUACAUGGGAGUUGCCCUGUUCACCUACCAGAACCACAUCUUCAAUGCCCUCUUCAUAUUUGGAGCCUUUAUCGCUAUCUUUGUGGCUCGUGCUUGUAACAUAUACCCUUUAACCCUGCUGCUCAACCUGCGGCGCAAGAGAAGGAUCCCAUGGAACUUCCAGCACAUGAUGAUGUUUUCAGGUCUGCGUGGUGCCAUUGCAUUUGCCCUGGCUAUCCGAGACACCGACUCCAAACCCAAGCAGAUGAUGUUCACCACCACGCUGAUGAUUGUGUUCUUCACCGUCUGGGUUUUUGGAGGGGGAACCACUCAAAUGCUGACGUGGCUUCGCAUCAGGGUGGACGUGAAUCCAGAAGAUGACCUCAACCAAGAAAGUGUGUGUGUGAGUGCCGAAGGCAGGCAAGAAGUGAAUACCACAGAGACAGAGAGUGCCUGGAUGUUCCGAAUAUGGUACAACUUCGACCACAAAUACCUGAAGCCGGUUCUGACACAUGCUGGUCCACCGCUCACAACGACACUCCCUACCUGCUGUGGUCCUAUUGCUAAGCUGCUAACCAGUCCCAAAGCACAUCAGGACCAUCAGGACGUGGAUGACUCUGAUUACAUCAUUAAUAACGAUGAGCUGUCAAUGUACUAUGAGGACAAAGCAGCAUCUGCCUCGUGCUAUGGAGAGGCACAGGGAAAGGGCAUUCCUGAACAGCAAACAGCCGACAAGGGCGACUUCUGUGAAGGAGCGAUUCAGCCAUCACUGGAUCUUACUUCAAGUCAAACUCUGAGUGUCCCUCCUUCUUAAUCUGAGCACUUUUUUUAUUGACACUUUUGGGGGCAUAAAUUGGAAAGGAAGAUGAAUUUGCUCUGAUCUGCUUGUAACAAAUGAACUAAUCAUGGUUCCUGAACUCCUGAUUGCUGAAUUUCCCAUGUGGCAGGCACUAGUCUAUAUUAAAGUCAGGGCAAACACCAUUAUUAAGUUGACCAAUAUAUGAACAGUAACUUUAUGACCUGUGACAGUGAAUUAUGACUGGGAGGUCAGUGGCAUUAUUCCAAGUAAUGACAUUUAUUUCAAGGAUCCCACAUUUACAUUCCAGCCUAGUUAAAGUAAUGACAUGAGCUUGUGAUUUUUUUUUCCAGUGCUGGAUGUCAUCUUAUGCUCAAUACUAUCUCUUGUGUAAGACGGCCCUUGCUUGGGCUCCAGUGUAUUCAUGCAAAAAUAAUGCUGAUGCCGACUGCACUGUUAAUGCUGAAGGAAAAUCUUUACAUUGUUAUGGAAACAUUUGAAACUUAAUAAUUAUAAUUGUAAUAAUACUUUUCUGUAUUUCUUUUUAUAUAUUACUUCGACUGGUGUUAGAACUUGAAGGUUUCAAAUUCUACCCAAUACAGGUUUUUCCAAUGUUAUCAUUACUUUUACUUUCUUCUUAAGGUGUUUUAGGUUGAAGUUUGUUUAUCUUAGUCUCAGUGUGGACACUGGGCAAGUUUAACAGAAAAAAAUCACACGUUCAACUAUUCUACCCUCAAGUCUCAGUGAAUGAGGGUACAGAAGGGAUGCAGUAAUAAACGAUUCCAAAGACACAUAGUGGGCAACAAUUAAUUUUAAUGCACAUGGGCCAGGAAGGGGAAUAAAAUCCAGCUAGCUCUGCAAGCCCUUCUGAAUGCCCAGUGCAGUAAGGGAAAUAAUGGACAGCUUUUGUUUGCAGUUGGAAAGCUGAUGUCCCAGAAUAUAUUUUUAAGUCUUCUGCAACAUUGUGCCUUGCAUUAUCAAAUUCUGGAAGUUGAGACAUGUUAGCCCAAGCUGAGUCUGCAAAUCCCUGUGAGUUCCCUGGGGAAGUUGAAGCCCGAUGUCUGCAGGCCCAAGUCUGUGUUGGCUGGAGGCCAGGCCUGAGGUUAAAGGACUGUUUAUAUGCAUGGGUGAGAGGGAGGAUUGUGGUUUGUGUUUGCUGUUGCUGUUCGUCGCUUGUUGGGUCUGGUGUUUUUCUGCUGAACACUUUGGGCCUACUGUGUUGGCACUGCAAUGUGUGGCUUCCGGGUUGUCCCCAGCACAUCCUCCGGUGUGUUGGCUGUUAACGCAUUUCACUGUAUGUCAUAGAGUACUACAGUACAGAGAAAGGCCCUUUAGCCCAUCUAGUCUACGGUGAACUAUUAAUCUGCCUAGUCCCUUUGAACUGCACCUGGCCUAUAGCGCCCCCCCCCACACAAUAUUCCACUCAUUAAUGUACUUAUGCAAACUUCUGAAUGUUGCAUGUAACCCUGCAUCCAACACUUGUGCCAGCAGCUCGUCCCACACUCUGAGUGAAAAAGUUCCCCUAAGCCUUUCACCCUCAAUUCAUCACCUCUAGUUGCAGUUUCACACAACCUCAAUGGAAAAAGCCUGCUUGUAUUUACCCUAUCUAUACCCCUUAUAAUACUGUACACAUCUAGCAAAUCUCAGUUCCCUUUAAGUUGUUGUAGUUGAGGGUGGUAGUGGGGAAAAUCUCCCACUACUUAUUAAAUGCUCUAAAUAGCAUUCAUCUCAAAUAGCCUCUGUCAACCAAGUGCAGCUCCUGGCCUUCACGAGUGUGUUAGCUACAAAGCCCAGCCAGAAUCAUUUCUAUUGUCGAGAAGAGGCAAAGGUGUGUUGCUGGUGCCUUAAAAUUAGUCACUUUGGGCAGAUGAAUCUAAUGCAGACAAGUGCAAGGUUUUGCACUUUGGUAGGACCAACCUGGGUAGGUCUUACACGGUGAACGGUAGAGCACUGAGGAGUGUGGUAGAACAAAGGGAUCUGGGAAUAAAUGUGCAUAAUUCAUUGAAAGUGGUGUCGUGGGUAGAUGGGAUUGUAAAGAAAGCUUUUCACACAUUGGCCUUCAUAAAUCAACGUAUUGAGUACAGAAGAUUGGAUGUGAUGUUGGUGAGGCCUAAUUUGGAGCGUUGUGUGCAAUUUUGGUCACUUUACCUACAGGACAGAUGUAAAGAAGGUUAAAAGAGUGCAGAGAAAAUUUACAAGGAUGCCACUGGGUCUGAAGUUCUUGAGUUAUAAGGAAAGAUCGAAUAGGUUAGGACUGUAUUUUUUAGAACGUAGAAAACUGAAAGGAGAUUUGAUAGAGGUAUACAAAAUUAUGAGGGAUAUAGAUAAGGUAAACGCAAGCAGACUUUUCCCACUGAGGUUGGGUAAGACUACAGCUAGAGGUUAAGGGUGAAAGGUGAAAUGUUUAAGGGGAACAUGAGGGGAACUGGAGUCUUAUGUCCAAUUUUGAAGGUCGUGAUGGUGUGGAAUGAGCUGCUGGCAUAAGGGGUGCAUGCAAACUCAAUUUCAAUGUUUAAGAGAAGUAUGGAGGGAUAUGGUCCCGGUGCAGGUCAGUGGGAGUGUAGGCAGUUUAAAUUAUUUUGGCGAGGACUAGAUGGGCUGAAGGGCCUGUUUCUGUGCUGUACUUCUCUGUAAAUUAUUAUUAUCAAUGGGGCUUGUCAGCCAUGAUUGGCAGCUCAUCUAGAAGGAAAACAGAUAUCAAACCGCUGCUGCCUUGAGGCCAUACCCACAUACGAGGAAGGCUAUGGGAGUAAAUCCUGAGGAAGAAUACAGAGCUGUGUCCCUUAGGCAGUCCUGCGCUGACUUCAACGCUGACUGACAACUCCUGUGAUGCCGCUGAUACCAAACUCUUAUCAGUCUCUGACGUUCCUUUGGAUUCAUCAGCUGCAUGGAGAGGGGGUGCCUGUUACAUGGACAGCGCUUGCCCUGGUUUGCAUCCAUGGUUGAUCUUGACCAACAGAGGGCCUCUAUCAAAUCUCCCCUCAAUCUUCUACAUUCUAAGGAAUCAAGUCCUAAACUAUUCAACCUUUCUCUAUGACACAGGUUCUCAAGUCCUGGCAACAUCCUUGUAAAUUUUCUCUGCACUCUUUCAAUCUUAUUGACAUCUUUCCUGUUUGUAGGCCACCAAAACUGGACAUAAUAGUCCAAAUUAGGCCUCACCAAUGUCUUACACAAUUUCAACAUGGAUGCCAAGACCUGAACUCAAUACAGUACAUUGACUUAGGAAGGUCAAUGUUCCAAAAGCUUUCUUUACAACCCUACCUACCUGUGGUGCCACUUUCAAGGAGCUAUGGAUCUGUGUUCCCAGAUCCCACUGUUCUACCUCACUCCUCAGUGCCCUACCACUCACCAUGUAAGACCUACCCUGGUUGCAUCUCCCAAAGUACAACACUUCACACUUGUCUACAUUAAAUUCCAUCUGCCAUUGUUCAGCUCAUUUUCCAGCUGGUCCUGAACCUGCCGCAAGCUUUGAUUGUCUUCUUCGCCAUCUAUUACACCCCAAAUCUGUCAUUUGUCAUUUGCAAAUUUGCUGAUCCACUUAACCAUGUUAUCUUCCAGAUUGCUGAUAUAGACAACAAACAAUACCAGACCCAACACCGGUCCCUGUGGCACACCAGUAGACACAGGCCUCCAGUCAGAGAGGCAACCAUCUACGACCACUCUGGUUUCUUCCACAAAGCCAAUGCCCAAUCCAAUUUUGAGUGCCAAGCAACUGAACCUUCUUGACUAAUCUCCCAUGCAGGACCUUGUCAAAUGUCUUCAUUUCCUGGCAACUUCCCCAAAAGACUAUAAUACUGAUGAGACAUGGCUUACCAUGCACAAAGCCAUUUUGACUAACCUAAUUAGUUUUUGUCUAUCCAAAUACUUGUAUAUUCUGUUGUUUUGAACACCUUCCAAUAACUUUCCCAAUGCCGAUGUCAGGCUCACUGGCCAAAUAACUCCUGGCUUAUUCUUAGAGCCUUUCCAACACAUCGCCCGUGGCUAAAGAUGCUUUGAAUAUAUCUGCUACAGCCCCUGAAAUUUCUGCACUACCCUAUCAUUUCCCUGAGAAAGAACAUCUUGUUAGGCCCUAGGGAUUAUCCACCAAACAGUAAGUCUCUUUUCUGUAAAUUGUAUAGGGUUCAUGACCUCACUGCUGCAUUUCCUCAGACCAACAGACUCUGUAACUGCCUCCUAAGUAAAUAAACAUACAAAACAUCCAUUUAAGAUUCCCUCCACCCAUCCCCUAUCUCUUUCAGCUCCAGCAAUAGAUUACCACUCUGAUCUUCCAGAGGACCAAUUUUUUCCCUUGCUGUCCGUUUGUUCUCAAUAUAUUUGUAGGGAUAUGCCUUGUCUGUAAAAGCAACCACAUACCUUCCGUUAGUCCUCCUGAUUUCCUUCUUUAGUAUUCUCUUGCAUUUCCUCUACUCUUCAAGUGCAGAAUUUGUUCCUCCCUCCCUAUACCUGCUAUGUACCUCCUUUACCUCAACCAGGGCCUCAAUAUCUCUCAAAAACCAUUUUGACCUUUUACAGUACAGGAGUCUCAAUCAAUAUGUGGGAAAUUAAAAUCGCCUGCUAUCACAACCUUAUGUUCCUUGCAACAGGCUAUGAUCUUACUAAAAUUUUGCUCCUCUAUAUCCUGCAGACUGUUUGGUGUUCUAUAGUGUAAUCACAUUAAAGUGGUCAUACCUUUCUCAUUUGUCAGUUCUACCCAUAAAGCCUCAUUAGAUGAGCUCUCCAGUCUGUCCUGACUGAGCACUGCCAUCACAUUUGCCCAAACUAGCAUUACUAUUCUUCCCCCUUUAAUUCCUGCUACUAGAAACAUAGAAACCCUACAGCACAAUACAGGCCUUUCAGCCCACAAUGCUGUGCCGAACAUGUCCUUACAUUAGAAAUUACCUAGGGUUACCCAUAGCCCACUAUUGUUCUAAGCUCUAGGAGUCUCUUAAAAGGCUCUAUCAUAUCCGCAGACCCUAUUCUAUCACGCCUAAAAGAAACUGGAAUAUUGAGCUGCCGGUCCUGCCCCUCUUGCAAUCAAGUCUCACAAUAUCAUGAUUCCACGUGUUGAUCCAUGCCCUAAACUCAUUCGCCUUCCCUACAAUUCUCCUUGCUCAGAACAUUUGUCCCACCUAUUGAUUCCUGACCUUUUAUGUAGGCCUAAUGACAUCUUUCUUCACAACUACUCCACCAUCUGUUCUGCUGCUCUGGUUCCCACUGCACCUCCCCACCCCAACACAAUUCCAAUUUGACACCCACCCACUCACCCUUGAGGCAGCAGCAAACCUUCCUGUUCGGAUGUUCACCUUCCUCCAGUACAGAUGCAAUGUUUUGAAGUGCAUGUGAUAAAAUCUUCAAUGCAUCUGAAGGAAAUGAACUCCUUUUUAUUAUGCUCUAGUUCUUGGUAUAUCAGAACAUCACCAUGGCAACUGAACAUUCGCCGUUUCUUGCCGUUCUGCUGAGUUUUUAAGUGCUUACAGAGGCCAUUACAUUAGUGUAAAUCUCUUACAGAUCUGAUGAUUUUCAAGAAGGUAGUGUUUAAGCUUAAGAACAAAGAAAGGUAAUCAGUGUAAUGACUGUCUUUGAUCUAUAGAUAAGCCAAACAAAAUAACCAUUUUCUUUUUGUUCAAUAUAUGUGAAAUAUAAACAUAAAGCAUGCCCUUAUUAUCUAUACUUCAUCAAACACACCUGAAAAAAACAACCCAAUAAUUGGACAAAUUGAUUUUACUGAGUUCUGCACUGGUUUGUGGGAUGGACUUAAAUGUAAUUGCUGAGCACUUCAAGAUAGAGAUAACAUUGAAAUAAGCAGAAGAAUGUUCAUGUAUUUCCAAAAACAGAAUAGAUUGAAUUAGAAAGUGUUCACUUGCAGAGCCAUGUGUAAUUUUGUUUUAAUCUGAUUUUGUAAAAGAUAGGAUGUAUCGAGUGAGAAGUAGUCUAGGGAGUUUUGUAAAAAAAAUAUUUCAUCCUAUAUGUUUGACUUCAAAGGAAGUAAUUUCAUUUCCUAUGUGUUGGCUCAUUUUUAAUGUCAGCGUUAUCAUAGGAAAUACAAUUGUAAUAUUAGAACUGCCAAAAUGUGCAGGGGAGGUGUUGGCACAAAGGUGAAGUGCGCCUUGUUGAUCUUGACCCCCCACCCCCAUUAACACCUCCUACAUCCCUAAUGAAUAUGUCAACCUGGAGAAAAUGACACAGGGAAAAAAAUUAUCCCUCAUUCUAGAAUUGCAAGAGGGAUAAGUGCUUCACAAUGCUUCAGGUGAUCAAACUUUACUAAAAGCCUGAUCACUGCAUAGUUGGCUAACUACACUGGCAGGUGUUUAAUAUCAGGAUCUCAAAUCUAGCACAGAAUGGUAGAAUUUUACAGCUUAACCACUCUGAUUCUUGCACAAUAAAGCAUAAAACUGCAGUUACAUAACUUUUAUUUUUUUUAGUGAUGCAGAGCAGAGUAAUCUCUUCAAGCCACACCACCCCAGAAACCCCACAAACCACAAUUAAACUUAACUUACUCGCAGAACAAUUUACAAUGACCAAAUAUCCUUCAGCCUGUGGGAGAAAACCUCACAAAUUUCACAGGGAUCACAUACAGAAACUCCUUACAGAAUGGCAUUGGGAGUGAAGUCCCAACUCCAGAACACUCCAAGCUGCAAUACCAUCGGCUAACCACUACACUACCACAGCGCCCACAAGUAGAGGCAAACUUGGACCACUGCCAAAACUCUAGGGCAUUUCUUUUUUCAAACUCUCAAAGCUGAGUUUCGUCAUCUUAUGCACAAGUAUGUAUAUGCACAGGUGCAAUGAAAAACUUACUUGCAGCAGCAGGAUCACAGACAUAUGUUAGAGUCCAAGUUGUUCCCCUGUUAAAUGUUCAUCAGAAUCAUGGGUAGGAAAGGCUUAGAGGGAUAUGGGCCAAAUACAGGCAUCUUGGGACUACCUGGGAUGGGCAUUUUGGAUGGCAUUGACCAGUGGGGCAGAGGACCAGUUGGUCAAAAGAACCAGUUGGGGGAUAAACAGUAGAAGUCACAUCAUUAUUAAUCAGAUCAGCUCAGUCACUUACCUUUUUUAUUGUCCAUCUACCCCAAAAGGCCUGUUUCUGUAGUGUAUGAUCAGGUGACUUGUGCCACUAAUGUCCUCAGGCUCCCUAAUCUCUUAUAUGUUGAAAAGGAGAGAAAAAGGAAGCACAAGAGCUACUCGUUACUUGGCAUUUCUUUGACUCCCAGGAUUAUCUGCUGUUGAGGAUCAAAUGAAGAGGGGAAUCUGCCCCAGCUUGCUCCUAGCAGUGGACUGUAAUAUGUUUUUUUUUAACCAACAUAAUCAUUGCUUAUCCACCAGAGAAAGUAAACAAAAUAAAGGUUAAAGUUAGCAGACUAUUAACUUCCUGACAAGCUUCUCCAUAUGCUGACUUUAAAUUAAAUUGUCAGCCAUGUAUUUUGUAGUCUGAGAGUAGUCUGGGCUUUUGUUAUGAACAUCAGGAGUGUAAAACAACAGUUAUAAUAAACGGCAAAUUUUAAUGUGCAGGCUUUUUACCACCAGCAUCAAUAAUCCUUCUUGUUGCAAGACCGAACUAUUAACAUGGUCACAGAUGACUUUGCUGGGCCCAGUUAUUUCAUCAAUGGAUGAGACAACAGCUCAAUAGAUAUAAAUUUUUAGAUACAGCACUAAUCUAUUAUGGUCUAUCAUUUUGGUCAUUAAAAAAGAUUCCAGUGCAAUGGAAAACCAUUGAUUGAACUGGAACUGAAAAUUCUGCUUUGUCUAUUAAUAUGUCCAAGACUGUGCCGGCCCCACUGUUUGUCAUUUAUAUUAACAACUUGCACGACUGUUGUUAAUGCAGUUAGAAGUUUACAGAAGACAACAAAAUUGGUGAUGUCAUGAUAGUGAAUCAGAAUCAGGUUUAUUAUCACCGUCGUACAGGUAUGUUGUGAAAUCUGCAAAAAUGUGUUGCAGCAGAAAUAUAGUGCCACACAUAAAUAUUACGAUAAGUUACAAAAUAAAUAAAUAAUGCAAAAGGUGAAAGUUAUAAUAUAUAUGAGAUUACCACAGGAACCUAGAUGAACGGGGGAAUGACUGAUGAGGUUUAACUCGUGAAGUGUUGCAUUUUGGUCAUUUAAACUAGGGCAUAACUUGUACAGCAAGUAGAAAGACCAUAAGGAAUAGGAGCAGAAUUAGGCCACUCAGCCUGUCGAGUCUGCUCUGCCAUACCGUCAUGGCUAAUUUAUUAUACAUCUCCUGCCCUCUUCCUGUAAACUUUGAUGCCCUGAUUAACCAAGAACCUAUCAACCUCUACUUUAAAUGUACCCAAAGACUUGAUGUCCACAACAGUUUGUUGCAAUGAAUUCCACAACUUCACCACACUCUGGCUGAAUAAGUUACUCCUCAUCUCUGUUCUAAAUGGACGUCCCUCUAUUCUGAGGCUAUUCCCUCUGGUCCUGGACUCGCCCACUACUGGAAACUUCCUCCCCACAUCAUGAGGCCUUUUAAUACUCAAUAGGUUUCAAUGAGAUCCCGCACCCCCCAUUCUUCUGAACUCUAGUGAGUGUGAGCCUAGAGCUAUCAAACAUUCCUCAUAUGUUAACCCCCACUUUCUCCACAAUCCUUCCCAUGAACCUCCUCUGGACCCUCUCCCAUGCCAUGUGUGUGUAUCCUGACGAAGGGUCUCGGCCCAAGAUGUUGACUGUACUUCUUCCUAUAGAUGCUGCCUAGCUUGCUGCGUUCCACCAGCAUUUGGUGUGUUGCUUGAAUUUCCAGCAUCUGCAGAUUUUCUCAUGUUUCCAUUGUAACCACUCUCACUUCUACCCUUUGACGCUCUUGAAUUUUUCAGCAUGCUGCCAGUGUCUUCCAUAAUGAAGACUGAUACAAAUACUUUAUAAAGUUGUCCAGCAUUUCUUUGGCUACCUCUCCAGUGACAUUUUUCAGCCAUUCAAUAUCCAUUCUUACCUCUCUGUUGCAUUUGGUACAUUUGAAAAAAGCAUUUGAUAUAAUUGGCUAGCUUGCCUUCAUAUUUCAUCUUUUCCCUCCUUGUUUUUUUUUUAGUUGCCUUCUGUUGAUUUUUAAAAGCUUCCCAAUCCUGUAAUUUCGGACUCAUCUUUGCUAUAUUAUUGACUUCCCUUGUCACCCACUGUGGCCUUGCCCUCCCUUUAGAAUACUUCUUCAUCUUUGGGAUGUAUCUAUCCUGCGUCUUCUGAAUUGCCCCCCCCCCAGAAACACCAGCCACAGCUAUUCUGCCAUCGUCCCUGCCAUGUCCCCUCCUAAUCAACUUUGGCCAGCAAUUCUUGCAUGUCUAAUUCCUUUUUUUCUGAUACAGCUGACUUUAGUUCUCCUUCUCCAUCUCAAACUGCCCCCUAAUCAAAUCUGGUUCAGUACACAACACCCAAUCCAGAAUUGCCUUUCCCAUGAGCUACUCUAAAAAGCCAUCUCAUAGACAUCCUACAAAUUCCCUCCCUUGGGAUCCAGCAUCAACCUGAUUUCCUCAAUCUACCUGCAUAUUGAAAUCACCCCUUGACAUUAUAACAUUGCCCUUAUUUCAUGCCUUUUCUAUCUCUCUUUAAAGUUUAUAUCCCACAACCUGGCUACUGUUUGGGGCCUGUAUCUAAGUCCCAUAAGGGUCCUUUUACCCUUGCAGUUUCUUACAUCUCCCCACAAGGAUUCUACAUCUUCCAUUGCUAUGUCACCUCUUUCUAAGGGUGUGAUUUCAUUUUUUUAACCAACAGAGCCACCCCAUCCUUACUGCCUGUCCUUUCAAUACAAGAUGUAUCCUUGGAUGUUAAGCUCCCAACUAUGAUCUUCUUCCAGCCACGUCUCAGGGAUGCCCACAAAGUCAUUUUUGCCAAUCUCAGGAGUACAGGAGUUGGAACAUCAAAUUACAACAAGUACGUUUAAUAAUAUGGAAAACCUGUAUGAGUAUUGAUUAAAUCUGUAGAAUAUAUUCCAACCUUGACAAAGCUCUGUAAUGAAGGGACCCUAGUCAUCUGACUUAUAAAUCAUAACAUUAAAGUCCUGUAAAGGAUGUAGUUUGGAAAGGCUUUGUUCCUAUAGAUUUUGGUGUCUUCAAAGGGAUUUGGUGUUACAAGACCAAAAUAUUCCAACGUCAGGAAAACUAAAUUCUGAUAAUGAUAACAGAAUUCCAUGGUGUUAAAAUAUAGGAGUGAGAUGUGUGCGUGGUAUUUGUGAUGGAAAGUCUGCCCAAAGAGUUUUUGUGGAAGAAUGUAAUAAUUAAUCUAUUACCAAAUAAGUUUGAGAAGCAAAUACUGAAGACUAGGGCAGUGGGCGGAGGAGUGAAAAUGUUGUUUAUAUUGCUGAAAGUGAAGAGGUUAUGAAGUUUACAAAAAGGUACCAGGACUGCCCAUGAGAGAUGUGACAGAUGGAUAGGCGAAGCAUACAGUGCAGAGGAAGGCAGAAGUCAUGAAAAGGCCACCUUUAAGUUUACACAGAAUCAAAAGCAUAAAUGUAGAGUGAUUAUGCGGAUCACAAAAGAUGAUUGCAAAUGCAGCCAUAGAAACCCUGUGAUUGAAUGACAGAGAAUCAUUCACUGAUGAAAGGGAUUCAAUCCUCUCCUAUCAGAUUUCUCCUUCUUCAGCCCUCCACCUAUCAUCACCCAGAUUCUCACUUUAUGCCCCUCCCCC